AUGCCGCCGCCCAACACACCCGAGGAGUUUUUUGCCGACGAGUACCGCACUGCUGUCCACAACGCCGGCCGCAAUCGCUCACGGCGCUACCCCAACCUGCCUCCACACGAUGAAGACUCUGCCGAGAGCGACGAGGCCGGCGGUGUCCUUGAUCUGGACUCGCAUCCCAAUACCAGCCAGAGCGAGAGCCGACGCAACAGCAUAGAGCGCCGCAUGAGCACCGGCCAGGCUAGCAGCCACAGCCGCGACAGCCAAGACUCGCUGCCGUCCCGACCAAACGUGUUACGCGGACUGAUGGGCCACAUCGCCCUCUCGCCCUCGCCUAGCACCAUUGGCCCCGGACACCCCGGGCGUUCAGGAGACGAAGCCAACACCAGCGCUGCUGCGGUGGACGGCCGACGACUCAACAUGGACAUGCUGAGCGCGGACGUGCGCAGUGGAUAUACGAAUGACGUGGCGGAACGCGGCAGGUUUCCAGGCCGUCCAUGGAACACCAACUACUCCAUCUCGAGUUCGAACACAGAAGACCACACAGAAGAAGGGCUUCCAUCGCCGCCCAGCAUACCCUGGCCAGCAACGGGAGGAACAGGAACAGGCGAGGCAGGUCGGCCGUUGGAGAUGCUGCGACGAUUACGCGAUGGAGACGGAAGUGGCAGCGGGAGCAGAGCAAGCGGACGGAGCGGUGCACCACAGCUCGAGAUACAGGUACCUGCUGCACCUGCGACACCCGUGACACUCGUGACGCCCGUGACGCCCGCGGCACGACCGGAACGUCGCCGGCCAAAGACGCCCAAGCUCGACUGGCACACUCUCGAAUACAUUGGCACAUACGACGAGAACCUCGACUGCCCCAUUUGUCGCGCGCCGCUGGUCAAGCCUCAGAUAACGAAGUGCUUCCAUAUCUUUUGCGCCAAGUGCCUGACGCAGUCACUACGACAUAGCAAUCGCUGCCCCAUCGACCGCAAUCCCAUGCCGCGUUUCUCGUCGAGAAACGGCCCGGUGAUUGCCCGGCCCGCGCCGCAUAUCAUCUCCAACCAGCUCGACAACCUCCACGUGCGCUGUCCCAACCGGCGCUGCGACCACACGUCGGCUCGCGCGUUCAUCAAGGACCACUAUAAGACGGAGUGCCCUUUUACCAAGAUCCCCUGCCCCGACCCCAACUGCGACAAGCUGGUUACGCGCCGCGACAGCGAGGACGGCCGGUGCCUGCACCAAGCCAUCGAUUGCGAAUACUGCGGCAAGCCCAUCGAGCUCGCCGCGCUCGACGACCACUACGAUGCCGACUGCAACCAAAAGGAACUCAUGUGCGAGCACUGUCUGGCUGCCGUGCCCCGCCACCGCCACGGGACACACGUUAUGGAGUGUGGAGAGCGCCGUAUCGAGUGCAAGUUCCGCGCGUCCGGCUGUUCCUUUACCAGUAAGAAGAAGGACUUUGGCGACCAUGAGCGGACCUGCCUGUACGGUAUGAUUAUGCGCAUGAACCGCGCCCACCGCGCCGACAUGGACAGCAUGGAGACGGUGCUGCAGGACUCACAAGACCGGGUGCGCAAACUGGAGGCGGAGAUGGCCGCCCGGCCGGCGCAGUCACCGACGCCGGCCCUGGCUGCGACGGCAGCUGUGGCAGGAACUACAGCACCACAGACCGAACAACCACCGCCAACAACGUUGUACGAGUACCCGUCACAGCAUCCCAACCUGCAAGGGCAGGUCUACUCCCAGACACAGCCUACGCUGGAACCACACCAGGACCUCAGCAGCUACUAUGACAUGGCAGCUGCCGGCGACAACCUCGCGCCGGCGAACAGCAACAACAGUGGCGGCAGCAACGUGCCACAUCCCGGCACACCGCCUACGGACGGCGCACUGGUUCCUGCUACGGCAGCGCUUGCGUCCGAUGACGCAAACAGCGACGAACGCAUGAACCGCAUUGUUGCCUACAUUGACAUCUUCGAUGCCAAGGUCGAGAACCUCGAGCGCUACCUCGGCGAAAUCGACGCGCGCCAGGCCCAGAUGUUCAUGAACGAGCUCGGCCCGCUCAAGGAACAGAUUUUGGAGAUGCGCAACACCAUGGGCCAUAUCAGCAUGUACGUGCGCUGGCUGAUGGAGUCGUUCCGCCAGACCACGAAACGAUCCGUCGGCCUGCGCAGUGGGGGCGCCGCCGCCGGCGACGACGGCGUGUCGAGCGGCGGAGCGGCCGCUGUGCCGCCGAGUGCAUCGAGUGCUGCAGCCGGUCCGUCUACGAAUGGAGCAGCCACCGGCCCCGGUCCACAGGGUCCUCCAACGGUGUUGCGUGCCCCGACCAACAACACGGCCAUGCCGCCACGCCGCAUGAGUGACCGCGAGAAUCCCCCGCGGCUUUAA